AUGAAUGUCAAGUCUGAAAAUGAAAAAGCGAUGUCAAUAAACCAGUGCCUUUGCAUUGCUGGUUGGCAAGUUCCCUCACUAGCUCUUGCUGUCCUUCCUGUCAGGAUCUGUCACUGUGAGGGAGAUGAUGAAAGUCCCCUCAUCACACCAUGUCGCUGCACAGGGACCCUGCGCUUUGUUCAUCAGGCCUGCCUGCACCAGUGGAUUAAGAGCUCUGACACGCGCUGUUGUGAACUCUGCAAGUACGACUUUAUAAUGGAGACCAAGCUCAAACCUCUUCGGAAGUGGGAGAAACUACAAAUGACAACAAGUGAGAGGAGGAAAAUAGUUUGUUCAGUCACAUUCCACAUCAUUGCAAUUACCUGUGUUGUUUGGUCAUUGUAUGUUUUAAUUGAUAGAACCGCUGAGGAAAUUAAACAAGGCAAUGAUAACGGUGUCCUUGAAUGGCCAUUUUGGACAAAACUCGUUGUGGUGGCCAUUGGAUUCACAGGAGGCCUGGUCUUCAUGUACGUGCAGUGUAAGGUUUAUGUUCAGCUGUGGCGCAGGUUGAAAGCCUACAACAGAGUGAUCUUUGUGCAGAACUGCCCAGACACCGCCAAAAAACUGGAGGAGAAGAACUCUUUGUGCACUCAGACCUCGGACGUCAAGGAUGCAGUGGUGGUGCCAGUAACACAGACAGGUACAAACUCUCAGCCAGCAGCUGGAGAAAUGACAUCUGAGGUCAUGCCAGUUUGA